AUGGCCAGACCACAACAGCGCUACCGCGGCGUCCGACAAAGGCAUUGGGGCUCUUGGGUCUCGGAAAUUCGCCAUCCCAUUUUAAAAACAAGAAUCUGGCUUGGAACAUUCGAAACAGCGGAGGAUGCAGCAAGAGCAUACGACGAAGCAGCAAGACUAAUGUGUGGAACAAGAGCAAGAACAAACUUUCCUUACAAUCCAAACGUGUCUCAAUCAUCAUCUUCCAAGCUUCUCUCAGCAACCUUAACUGCUAAACUUCAUAGAUGCUACAUGGCUUCAUUGCAAAUCACUCGACCAAUAUCUCAUCAACAACAACCUCAGAGAGAAUCUGCACAAGCUCUCACCAUUUCCACAAACAAUGUUCCAAUGAAAAACAGUGAAGAAACUGAUGCUACUACUAUGAGACAUGAUGAAGAGGAGAAAAGUUCAGAGGGAAAUUGGGUUUUGAAGAAAGUUAAAGUUGAAAACUCUCAGCAAUUUUUUAAGCCACUUGAAGAAGAUCACAUUGAACAAAUGAUUGAGGAGUUGCUUCAUUAUGGAUCAAUUGAGCUUUGUUCUAUUAUUCCACCACAGUCUCAUUGA